AUGGAUCCUGCAAAUCCUGCAAGCUUCAAUCACCGCACUGCGCUCCUUCCCACUGGUCGGAAAUAUCACUUCGUCGAUCAACUCCCCACAAACUACGACCCUACCACCACAACUACUCUUGUGUGUAUCCAUGGGUUCCCGGACUUCUGGUAUGGCUGGCGGUAUCAGAUAAAGCCAUGGGUAGAGCUCGGGUACCGCGUUGUGGCUCCGGAUAAAUUGGGAUACGGUGGGAGCGACAAGCCCGAGGAUGCGAUCCAAUAUACCUCCAGACGAAUUUGCGACGACAUAGCAGCUCUCUUGGAUCUUCUGCAAAUAACGAAAGCUGUGAUUAUUGGCCACGACUGGGGGUGCUUCAUGGCAUCUCGUUUCGCCCUGUGGCAUCCCGACAGAUUGCUGGCAUUGGUCCUUUUGUCAGUGCCAUUCAUCCCACCAGCGAAAGAAUACACGCCUCUCGAGACGCUAGUCGAGAGAUAUCCAAACUGGGGGUACCAACUUUACUUCCAGGAGAAGAGCACAAACGCCGAGUUGGAAAAUCAGCUUUCCCGAUUCUUUAGGUUAAUCUUCCGUAACCGGAGGGGCACCCCAGGCCUGUCAAAGUGGACUCUUCCCGGCGGCCUGAAGGCGUUAUUCGAGACCGCGGAAGGUACUGAGAGGCAUACGGGCCACCUGACGCAAGAGGAGCACGAUUACUACUUGUCGCAAUUUGCGAACAGCAUGAAUGGGCCGUUGAAUUACUAUCGAACGACCCGAUACCGUUUUGAGGAAGAGAGAGAUGGAACUAUCCUGCAGGCUCCGCGUUCUGACCUCCCGGUGCUCCUCAUGAUUGGCAAGGAUGAUCCUACCUCCAAUCAGGCGGCUCUCGGGGCCACGAAGAAACUGAUCCCUCAAGCGCAGAUCGAACUCAUCGAGGGUGUAGGACAUUGGCUCAUGGUGGAAUGCAAGGAUCGCAUAAACGAGAGCAUACCUAGGUUCCUCCGAGCGCACCUCCCCGAUGCUGUGCCGACGAAGUUGUAGAGUUAUUUAUAUAGCACGA